GCACAGAUGAAAUAUGAAUGCUGGUUGUAGCACAGAAUAUAUAAUAUAUAUAUAUAUAAUAUAUAUUCUGUGGUUGUAGAUUGUAGUAUUUGUAGAUAAUAAAUGUAAAAUGUAUUAUUAAUAUUAUUAUAAUUAAGUUCAUUAUCUGUGACUUUUUGUGUACCAAACUUAAAACUAGCAUCUUCUUGAAUCGUGUCAUCGUGGUACUGACUAUCGAGAGCAGGCAACACUACAACAGUGGCCAGUCAGAGACUAAUACCUAGUUAAAAUGGAUCUCAAGUCUGUUUCCAGUAGUAAAAGUUUUGGUGGUUACCAGAAAGUAUAUGAACAUUUUAGUCCUACAUUGCAAUGUAACAUGAAAUUUGGCAUUUACUUACCUCCUGGAGUGAGUGAAACUGAAAAAUGUCCGGUAUUAUUUUACUUAUCAGGUCUUACAUGCACCGAACAAAAUUUUAUCACUAAAGCAGGAUUUCAAAAAUUUGCUGCUCAAUACAAAAUAAUUGUUGUUGCUCCUGAUACUAGUCCUAGAAACUGCGACAUUCCUAAUGAAGAUGAACUAUGGAAUGUUGGUUCUGGUGCUUCUAUGUAUGUCAAUGCUACCGAAGAACCGUGGAAUAAACACUAUCAGAUGUUUACCUAUAUAACUGAGGAACUCCAUCAACUGGUAUUAAAUAGUUUCCCAGUUAUACAAGAUAAAAUAUCUAUUGCUGGACAUAGUAUGGGUGGUCAUGGAGCAUUGUUAUGUGCUUUAAAAUAUCCAGGCAGAUAUAAAUCAGUGUCAUUAUUUGCACCUGCUUGCAAUAUUUCUAAUUCACCCACAUUAAUUGGUGGAUUGACAACAUUAGUCGGAAAGGAAAAAGAAAUUUUGCAAAAAUGGGAUACAACUUUUUUAGUAAAAUAUUAUGAUGGCCCUGAAAUGGAAAUAUUAAUACAUGUGGGUAGUGACGAUGAAUUUUUAACAAAGGAUUUACUAAUCGAUAAUUUUGUAAAAGCGGCCAAUGAGCGUAAAGAUAAUAAAAUCAAGACCAAAGUAUUUCUUGAAGAUGGCUAUGAUCAUGGAUAUUAUUUUGUAUCAACAUUCAUUGAAGAACAUUUUAAAUUUCAUUCAUCUAGAAUGUCCUUGUAAAAUGAUUUUACAUUUAUGUUUUUUUUUAAUUAAAUAAUCACAAUGAAUAGGCA